CUAUUGAUGAUAUUUUCAAAAAAGGAUUCAGAACUCGGUAGAAGAUAAUUAUGGCAUCCAAACCUCUAUCAAAAGGACAACAGAAUUUUACUCAACUAGCUAUAGCAUGUGUCGAAGUGAUAAAUCAGGUGUUUAACGAUUGCCUUGACAGUCAAAUAUCACCAAAAGAUCUCUAUAAUGCCAUAAAAUCAUGUUCAAAACUGACAAAUGGUAAGGACAAACUAAACCAAUACCAGCUUAAAAUAUGUUGCAUAUCUCCGCCUCAAGUUCCUGACUAUGGUAAAUUCGAUGUUUCGCUGUUCUAUAAACUGAUGAGAAAUUUGUGCCUAACAUUUAAACCAACAACAGGUUGGGGAAAUACACCGAAAACAAGUGAUUUGCAAAUCGGAGAUGACAUUGAACGACUUAGAAUAUUUAGGAACAAUAUGUUUGCACAUUUGGAAUCAUCAGAGGUCCCAGAUGGCAUAUUCUCACAAUGCUGGAAAGAGCUAAAGGGAUGCGUUCGCAGAGCACAGAGUUUUUUGGACUCACUUGGAUAUGGCGCUAACUAUGAUGAGCAACUCAAAGAUAUUGAAAAUCUUGAUUUGAGUUGCAAAGAUAUGGACAAAUACAGACUCUUUUUGGAGGAAACGAUGUUUAUGUGGAGAUUGUCACAAAACAUAGAUGUUCCAGCGAUAACAAUGACGGGAUAUUGCGAUGUUUUUUGUGGAGAAGAAACAUGCUUUGAAGCCAAGACAGAUAAUUGCCCUAAAAGCAAUAAAUGGCCGAUUGUGUGGGAGAGAGUAAGGGGAAGUGUAACAGAGACUAUAGACAAAAGUGCAAAGAAAUAUGAGGGCAGCACCAGUAGACGACUAGUUAUACGGAGAGUUGUAAAAGAAGAUGAAGGAGAAUAUCGUGCAGUGAUAUCACGAGAACUUAAUGGAAGCCAUAUAAAUGUACCAAGUAACACACUUUUCCUAAAUGCUCUUGGAGAUCAUCCUAAUCUAGAGAUAAACCAGGCCACCUCGGGAAUUGAUGGUGUCACUAUUCUUUAUGAUAUUGAAGAGACACGUCCUGUGAUUAAAAAAAUUAUGUGGACCAAAGAUGGAGAACCAUUGUCGAUGGAUGCAAUUAAGUACCAGGGCGGUGGUGUUUCGGACAGGUAUCUGAAAAUUCUGUCUCCGUCAGAGAACGACAGCGGUGAAUACACAUGUAGAGUUUUCAAUGCAGUGGGAUCAGAUAUGAAGCGAAUAGUUCUAGCUAUCCCAUCUGUAGUGAUUUGCAAAGAACUGACAGUUCCACUGGGUGGUCAAGCUACUAUUAUUCCUGACAUAACGUCAUGUCCUUCACCGGAGAAAGCACUUUGGCUAAAAAGCCAAACUCAAGCUCCUGAGAAUUUUCUGACCAUAGACAUGGAUGAUGCUAGAUAUUUCGGAAGCAGUAUGGAUCCAGAGAAACCUAUUCUAGUCAUUUCAAAUGCAUCCUAUAUUGACAAUUUGCAUUACCGACUAGAAGUCACAAAUGGAUUUGGGAAGUCUACAAGCAAUGCAGUUUUGCUGAAAGUAGUUGGUGAUAUUCCUUCUGUGUUCGCAACCCUUGAAACUAAUAUUGCAGAUCGUAGCGUCACAUUUGUUUGCAAAUUCUCUCUUUCGGAUAAUAACCCAAAGGUUACAGAGAUCAUUUGGAUAAAAGACAAACAGUACAUUGACAUAUCAGCAAGUGGGGGAAAAUAUGCCGGAGGUAGCAUUGCUGAUCCUUCACUAGUAGUUCAUAGAGUGAACUGGAACGACAGUGGGGAAUAUCAAUGCCGUGUUUCAAAUGCAGCCGGGUCACAGAGUCAUUUGGAAGGCAAGCCUACGGUUCAGAUGGGUAGACCAGAAAGGGAUGAAAAAAAUGACAUCUUAGUGUGUAAAGCUACAAUUGCAUCUAUUCCGGAGGCUAUAAAAGCUGAAUGGAGAAUUCAGCAGUCCGAAGAAGAACGAUUUUCAACCAAUUGA